AUGUAUGAAGUUCAUUUCAAUAAGGAAAUCUAUGAGAAUCCAGAGGAAUUCAAUCCAGAGAGAUACAUGGUGGAAGAUCACAAGCAAGAGUGGAUGCCAUUCAGUUUGGGACCACGUAAUUGUGUAGGAAUGAAUUUAGGUCUUGACAAAGUGUAUGUCGGUGCAGCCAAUCUCCUAUUGAACUAUCAUUUCAAACCACACAACUGUGAUAAGUAUGAGUAUAACGAUACAUUUGGUCUAACUCUAAGAGCAGACAAAGACUAUCCUUUAACAAUAACACUAAGAUCUGAAAUGGAUAACAAAUAA